AUGGCUGUGCUUUGUAGUAAUGACCCAACUUGCACAUACGGAUACCCCGACGGAGUUCCCCGUACUCCCAUGCCAUGCCAUGCAUUGCUUGGUCGCUUAGUAGUCAUUUUUGUCAUUUUUCUAAAGCCCGCAAGCGCAAGCAAGCCCCGCAGCAACUCACUGCAACCAACGGCUUACUCAGCCGGCCACGACUUUUGGCUCCUCCUCCAACAACAACUUUGCAAGCGAAGCAAUUUUUACGUUGUCUCGGCCGGAAAUUUGGUGCACGGCGACAGCGGUCACGACGGUCACGACGGUCACGACGGUCACGACGAUGAGCCGUUCCCAGCUCGAAAGGCAGCCAUCGGCCACAGUCACAGGCUAGAGCACGCAGCUUACGCGAGCGGCGAGCCCAUCGCUGGUGAAGCUAUCACAUCACGGCCCCAUCGCAACGCAACGCAUCGCAACGCAUCACAACGCGUCACAACACCCAUCACAACAUGA